UGCCACCACUGAGUACCUGGCCAUAUGUCACAAGGAUUCUCCUUAGAGGGAUGCAAGAUGGGGUUUUGUGGGUUCAGGAUCAGCAGCAUUUUGGUGGUGAAAUAAUUAAAACCCUGACUUUGGGGUGGGUUAGAGCUAUAGGACUUUCCUCUGAUAGAUUGAGAGCAUCCUUUGGGAUUUGUACCAAAUGAACACAGAGAUGUGGCCUGAUGUGAGUUGAGGGGCUGUGUGAGGGAAGGUGGGAGGCGUGGACGCCUCCACCCUCUCGAUAGCCUGGGCCUGGUCUUGAUCUCCCAGCAGGACCAGUCGACCAUGGAGAGAGGAAACCACACGAGCACCUCUGAGUUCCUCCUCCUCGGACUCUCCAGCCAGCCCGAGAAACAGGAGCUGAUCUUUGGGCUCUUCCUGGUUAUGUACCUGAUUGGGGCAGCAGGGAACUGGCUCAUCAUCCUGGCCGUGGGCUCAGACUCACACUUCCACACACCCAUGUACUUCUUCCUCAGCAACCUCUCCCUGGUGGACUUCUGCUUCAUCUCCGCCACAGUCCCCAAGAUGCUUGUGAACAUCCAGGUGCAGACUCAGUCCAUCUCCUAUGGCGGCUGUCUAACCCAGAUCUACUUCUGCAUUUUGCUUGCCAACAUGGACAGCUUCCUCCUGACAGCAAUGGCUUAUGAUCGCUAUGUGGCCAUCUGCCACCCCCUGCACUACUCUACUAUGAUGAGUUUGCGAGUCUGCGCUCUGGUGCUGGGGUGCUCCUGGCUCAUCGCCAGCUCCCACUCCCUGCUACACACCCUCCUCAUGGCUCGGCUGGAGUUCUGUGCCAGCAACACCAUUCCUUACUUCUUUUGUGACAUUGUUCCUCUGCUUCAGCUCUCCUGUUCCAGCACCCAACUCAACCAACUCAUGAUUCUCCUGGUGGGGGGCUUGAUCGUCCUCAUCCCGUUCCUUGGCAUUCUUGUCUCUUACAUCCACAUUGUAUCUGCUGUACUCAAGGUCCCAUCUGCCCGUGGCAAACAGAAGGCUUUUUCCACCUGUGGCUCCCAUUUCAUUGUAGUCAUCCUCUUCUAUGGGACCAUCACAGGGGUCUACCUGAAUCCCUCAUCCUCCCACUCAGCUGACAAAGAUUCACUGGCUUCAGUGAUGUAUAUGGUGGUCACCCCCACACUGAACCCCUUCAUCUACUGCCUGAGAAAUAAGGACAUGAAGGGAGCUCUAAGAAAACUGUUUGGUGUGAAGGCUUUAUCCUGCGGGCGGUGAC